CUGGCAACAUCUUGGCACUCUUAGAUGUAAACACAACGAAAACGUAAAUAUUACAAUUGCUUCUCAUUUCUCUGAAAGAUACGUACAUAUUAGUUAUUGCUUAAAAUGAUAUGAUAAAUAAUAUUCCUUUUUGUUUUAAGCAAAAUUCAUAUUUUUAUUUGUAAGCAAUCAACUUAAUCGAUUUAAAAAUGCCGGUACAUGAGCUGUCUGUAGUAUUGAAAGUUAUGCCUCGGUCAGAACUCACAGCCACCUUGAAAAGGAUUGGAUCCCUUUUAUUGGAAAACAAAGUAGUUCUGCAAAAGAUAGAAAAUCAUGGCACCAAAGAAUUACCUUAUAAAUUUUACGCACAUUCACGUUACUUCACGAAAGGCAGUUACUUUGUCUUUCGCUUCAUGUCUUCAGACCAUUCAUUUCCAGAGAUAAAAGACGUCUGCAGAAGAGAUGUGGAUAUUUUGCGACUUGGCAUUACUGAAGAACCAGAAGACUUUAAAGCAGCUUGUACAUUAGAAGAAGAAAUGCAACCGCCAGCAUUAAGACAAAGUGUACAGAAACUUCUGACAGAUGGUAAGAAGAACAAAGCAAAAACCAGACCAGUUUAUAAGCAUCUUAGAUAUCAUAAUUGGUAUCAUGAGUUCAUGUAAUUGGUAGUUAAAAUAGUGUUUUGUAGUAAAAUGUAUCAUCUCCAUUGUAUUUUCAUAAUAUAGUUAAAUAAACGAACUAGUUAU